UGAAAUGAUGAAAACCUCAUUAUAAACUAAUUUUGCUAAAUUAAAUAUAACUUUCUAUCAUAUGAGCUGGUCUAUCUGUGUUUGUUGAAACUUUUAGCUGUCACAUUCCUUCAACACAUUCCACUUAAAGCGUCCUCUCUGGUUCUGACUGUGACUGCAGACGGAUUCAGAGAGAGGAGUUUGGAGUCAGACUAUAAAACAGCAGGAAUUAAAAAGUAAAAUUAUUCACGACCAAGUCAUCAACAGCAAAACAUCACAAAUCAACCACCUGCAAGAGAACAGAGGAAAUGGCCAACAACAGCUACGCCCGACUUGCUGGACAGGAUGCAGACCUCAGGAUCGUUCUUCUGGGAAAAACUGGAGUCGGAAAAAGUGCAGCAGGAAACACCAUGUUAGGGAGAAAAUUGUUUCAGUCUAAACUCUCUCUUUCCUCUGUGACAACAACCUGUCAGAAGAAAACUAAAAGCUUUGGUGGCUUAAAUCUGGCUGUUAUUGACACUCCAGGUCUGUUUGAGACAGGUAAAGGUAAUGAAGAGGUUGAUGAAGAGAUCACUAGAUGCAUCAGCAUGGCGGCUCCUGGUCCUCAUGUGUUCCUGAUUGUUCUCCAACCGACCAGAUUCACUGAAGAAGAUGAAAAAAUAGUGGAAAUAAUUAAGAAAAUGUUUGGAGAAGAAGCAGCCAGAUUCACCAUGGUCCUGUUUACCCAUGGAGACGAGCUGAGAGAGGAAAACAUGACGAUGGAAAAUCUGUUAGAAACAUCCCAGCCUCUAAAACAGAUCAUCAGUCAGUGCUCCAUCUUCCAGGAUUUUGAAGAUAAAUAUCAUGUCUUUGACAACACAGUUGAGGAUCCUGGUCAAGUCAGGGGAUUGGUGCAGAAGAUCAACAGGAUGGUUCAACGAAAUGGAGAAAAUGGAGGAAGUUUCUACACCAAUGAGAUGUUCAGGGAGGCGCAAAGAGCCAAGGAAGAAGAAGCAGAACGACUGCGCAGAGAAAAUCCUGGUAAUAAUCCUGGAGAUGCAGGAAGGCAGGCAGAGAGAAACAACUCAUUGAUCCAGGGUGCUUGGUUGGGUGCUUCAGCAACGUUUGGUGGAGUGGCUGUUGGAGCUAUUGGUGGAGUUGUUGUUGGGCAGAUCCUGAGGCUUUGGUUGGAGCUGCAGUAGCAGUGAAAGAGAAAACCAGCAUUACACAUCAUGUGUCUGAUGUUUUGGCUGCAGCUUAUUAAAUCAUGAUUAAAAUGUUAGCUGUGUUUAGGGCAACAUGCUGAAUCCCACAUUAACAUCCUGAAUAUCAGAGCAUAAAUGUGUGAAUGUCUGAAGAUGACUUACAACAUAUUAUCUUGUACAGCCGACUCAAAAUUUAUAUAUUUAGCUUCGAAAUAAAGCCACUAAAAGAGCUACAACAGCCUCAACUCUUUAUUUCCUCCUUAAUUUAUAAAAUAUUUAUGUAGCAUUGAUUCUAUAUUUUGUUUCUGUAUAAACUUAUCUGGGUUCUGAUGAAGAUUUAUUCUGAGUUUCUGACCUCUGCACUACAUUCAUCCUGAGGAUGAGGGACGGAUGAAAACUAAAACUUUCUUCCUUUGAAUGACAUUUUUACCAGUCGCUGUGAAAUGAACUGAAUUUAACUGUAAUGUAAUUUAUUUGAAUUAUAUUAUAAAAUGAGUUUGACUCAACUGGAUUUUAUAAUCACAUGAUUGAUUGCAUACUCUGUCAUAUAAUUCAUUCAGAUUUGUGUAUAAACAAGUUUAUUAAUAUUUUAUCCAUGUUUUAACACGUUAAUAAAUAGAGAGCUUAAAAUACA